GACUGAUGGCUUGCACGUCUACAGUUCAAACAAAUCUAUAAACUCGCAAAAAGUUUGAAUACGAUGCUCACUACUGCUCUGCUGACCAAAUGCAUUCCGUCCUCCCCAGAGAUGGCCCGCAGCCACUCGGGUGCUGUGCUACCUUUUGGAGUGCAAGAGAUAGCUGAGUGUCCAGUUUGUUGUGAACGUUUCGUGGAUCCACUUCAACUCAGUUGUGGGCAUUCACUAUGCAGUUCCUGCGUGGACAGGCUUUACACCUUUCGGGAUGAUUGCAGCGAUGCAUCGGAUUACUACGAUCCCAUUGUGAGAUGUCCAGAAUGCCGUCAAGAUACGAGAGUACCUGCAGCAGGUCUACCUGUCAAUUAUCGCCUUCGAGAUAUGGUGGCUCUAAUGUCGGAUGCGACUAUCGCAGCUGGUAAAGUCAGAAGGGAAACCGACAGCAGGGGUGGAAGCUUACCGAAUUGCUUAGCCUGCAACGAUGUUUUAGCGAAAGGAGUGUAUAUGUCGUGCUGCGACUGUGUUUUAAAAGACGAAAAGGCGCGCCAGAUAUGUUCAGUCUGCUGCCUCAGGCAUCACAAUGGGCACCAUAUUGUAGAAAAACACAUUUUGACGGUUUCCGAUAUAGUUGCUGGUAGAAAAUCUCUUCGCACUGCACACUGUCAAGGAUUAAUAGCCAUUGAUCGAACCUUGGCUCAAUUUGAUAUAAGUGCUGCUUCUGUCAAAGAGAAGAUUGAAGAGAAUGCCCACGCAUUAGUUCAUCAAAUCGAAGUCAUUGAUGAAGAAAUUCUUCGUGUCCCCUCUUACGAAGAAUUUCAAAAUAAGAUCAAACAGGCUCAAGAUAUUUCUACAAAACUAGAACAAAUGUCGACAGACGUGAAAAUCUUAUUCGAUGGGCUUUGUCAGGAUGCCGAUACAAAGAUCAAAAAUGAUACGACAAAAGCGCCUCCCACUACUGAAACCAAUUUUAACCGAUUUAAGGAUGUAUGCAGCGAAAUUUGCAUGAGAAGUGGCAGCUUUUGUGAUGCACUUCUCAAUAAUUUGUCGCAGUUUACUACUAGCAUACUUGCCCUCGUGGUUAAUUGUUUUAAUCUUGACAAAGGAAUACUACAAAGACACUAAUGACCUCUUUGUUUUGAAAGUUGUAUUUUGUAUUGUUUAUAUCCGGCUACUA